AUGGAGCAGAUCCGUGACCGUGUUUUCAAGCAUAAAAACUACAACUUUGUGGUCGGUCUUACAACUCCAGAGUACAUAGACUCCCUUGACAGCUUUGAAAUAAAAGACAGCGAUGUCUUCCUUGUCACUUAUCCAAAGUCAGGCACUGUAUGGGCUCAGCAGAUCAUCAUUUCCAUCCACGAACUGCAUGGGAAUCAGACUAAAUAUUCAAACAACAUGGAGAGGAUGCCGUGGCUGGAGUACAAGACAGCUGAAUACACCCUUCUUCCCUCUCCACGACUCUUCGCCUCGCAUCUCCCUGAACACAUCAUGCCUCCUGGGGUGAAGGAGAAGAAGGCAAAAAUCAUGUAUUUGAUGAGGAAUCCAAAGGACAACGUGGUGUCUUUUUAUCACUUCAGCAAAGCCAUGGCAGACCUGGAAACUCCCGAGAGCUUUGACCAGUUUUUUGAGUGGUACAUAACAGGAAACGUUUUUGCGUCAUCCUGGUUUGACCACAUCAGGGAGUGGUAUUCAAACAGAGAGCAGUACAACAUCCUCUUCCUGACCUACGAGGAAAUGAUUUUGGACCUGAAAGGAUCAGUGAAGAAGAUCUGCAACUUCUUAGGGAUAAACCUGACUGAAGCCGCCAUCAGUCAAGUUGUGGAAAAAGCUACAUUUCAGAACAUGAAGAAUGACUCGAAAGCAAAUUAUCAGCAUCUUCCACCAGAGCAGUUCAGUGGAAAAUUCCUGCGUAAAGGUCAGAUUGGAGACUGGAAGAACACACUGACUGUUGCCCAGAGUGAAAGAGUGGAUCAAGUCCUUCAGGAGAAACUUGGUGAUUUGCCUUUGAGGUUCAUCUGGGAAUAA